AGCGGCAAUUUCAACACUGUCGCUACUCAUAUUUUAACUGCGUGUUCUGUCUUGUGUUCGGGAAUGUGUUAGUAACUAUUGUAUUUGAGUUAGCUCUAAUUUGGACCCUAGGGUGCCUGUGCAAAGUGCAUAUAUUCGGCUCAUUUUAUUCUACACUCGUAUAUCAGUCUCCCUGUUAACAACUAACGAAAAUUUAUCUUAAUAUGGAAGUAGAUAAAUACACGUUAUUCGUCCAGAAUCUUCAGGAGGUAGUAGGUGAUGAUGAACUUCGAAAUCUUUUAAAGAAACCAAAUUCAUCAGUAUCUGUGUAUUGGGGUACUGCAACAACUGGUAGACCUCAUAUAGCAUACUUUGUUCCAAUUAUUAAGUUGGCUGAUAUGCUGAAAACCGGUGCAAAAGUCACUGUACUCUUUGCUGACUUACACGCAUAUCUAGAUAACAUGAAGGCCCCAUGGUAUUUGCUUUGUCUUCGUACAAAGUAUUAUGAAGCUGUUAUAAAAGGAAUGUUCCGUUCAAUUUGUGUCCCAUUGGACCGGCUGCAUUUUAUACGUGGAGCUGAUUACCAGUUAACUGAAGAAUAUUCUAUGGAUGUAUAUCGUUUAAUGGCUUUAACUUCAGUUCAUGAUGCACGUAAAGCUGGUGCAGAGGUUGUUAAACAAGUUAAUAAUCCACUUGUAUCUGGAUUAUUAUAUCCUUUAUUACAAGCAUUGGAUGAAGUACAUUUGAAUGUUGAUAUUCAAUUCGGUGGUGUAGAUCAACGGAAAAUAUUUAUGUUAGCUGAAAAGUAUUUACCUCAUCUUGGUCAUAAGAAACGAAUACAUUUAAUGAAUCCAAUGGUUCCAGGAUUGACAGGGGGAAAGAUGUCCUCUUCUGAAAUCGAUUCAAAAAUUGAUCUACUUGAUCCACCGGAGUUUGUUGCCAGUAAAUUAGCAUCAUCUGUUUGUCCACCGAAUAUGACAGCUGAACAAGGCAAUGGAGUUUUGGCAUUUUUAAAAUAUGUUAUAUUUCCUUUAGUACCAAUGAAAACAGGAUUAUCAAUUCCUCGAACUCCGAAACCUUAUUUUAAUUAUACUGACGUAGAGAAAGAUUAUCUUAUGAAUAAAAUUCCAUCGGAUUCAUUAAGAAAUGUUGUUACAGAAUGUUUAAAUGGAUUGUUGGUGACUAUUCAAAAUGAUUUUAAAGAUCCUAAACUUCAAGAACUUGUACGUAACGCAUAUCCUACGGUAGAUGGAAUUAGUUCAGCGAAUGCCAACCUUGAAGAAGUUCCAACUAUGUUUACAAAUGAAAAAUCUACUAUUCUACAAGAAAUAGAUAACAGAGUCAAUGACAUGCCAACAAUUACUGAUCAUUCGAAUUUAUUGGAGUCAUUUGAAAAAGAAUUUGUGGGAUGUACAUCACUUCUGGAGAAACGUCUUAAUCAAACUAAUCGCCUACGAUGUUUAUGGUCAGUUACACCGAUUGGUUUACCACAUCUUGGCCAUUCAAUCCCGAUGAGAUCACUUGCUCGUUUAUCACGAUUAGAUGGUGUUUAUGUCAUUGUAUUAAUUAACAAUAUCUCAGCUCAUUUACGUGGUUCCAUUCCAUGGGAUGUGAUUAAACAACGUGGUGAAUUUUGUCGUGUAAUUUUAACUGGCUUAUUCACUGCUCUUGGUGGUAACCUGAAUCAAUUUAGCUGUAUACUUGGUAGCGAUUUUCAAUUACAUUCGGAAUAUAUGUUAAAUUUCUAUCGUUUAGUGAGUUUAGUUCCAGAAACAGAUUGUUUAAUAUCAAGUAAAUUAUCUGAAUUCGACAAUACAAAUCAAUCAACUAUAAAUCAUAAUCUUGAUGCUAAUAAUAAUAAUACUAGUAAUGAACUAAUUAAUGAUUCAUCUAUUCGACCUUCUACACUUGGUGAAUUAUUAAUACCUUGUUUAGAUUUAAUUGAUACUAUACAAUUAUCUGCAGAUAUUCGUUUGGCCAGUAUACAACAAAUACAAAAACGUCAAAUUUUUCAAUCUAAAUUCCUACGUCAUUUUCCUAAUUCUUUUGAAACUAUCCAUCUUACACAUCCAAUACUCAUUAGUCUUCAAGCUCCAACUAAUCAAAUUGGUGAAUUAUCAUCAUUUCCUCCUAUGAAAUCAUGUCCUUUAUCAUCUCGCUGUACAGGACCAGCAUCGGCUAAAACACUAGCAGCAUUGCUUGAAGAUAAUUAUCUACCUUUAAUUGAACCACCUUUACCUGGAUCCUUAGAAAAAUCCCCACUGUCUGGUUUAAAACGUCGAAUUAAACGUGCAUUUUGUCAACCGAAUAAUGUUGAUAUAAAUCCUAUAUUGGAUAUAUGCCGUUGGGUAUUAAUUCCAGAUUUGUCGCCUGGAGAACCUUUUAUUAUUCCACGUUCAGAGAAAAAUGGUGGUCCAUUACAUAUUAAAUCUCAAUCAUCUACACUUAAUGAAUGGGAUUUAUUAAAACAAUACUUUUCUAAUGGUACAUUACAUCCAGCUGAUUUAAAACCAACUGUUGAAUAUUUAUUAUCAAUACAAAAUACUGAUAGUUUAGCUAAUCGACUUAAACAAUCAUUACCAGAUUGGAAUGAAUUAAUGGUAUUAUUAAAUGAAGCAUUUCCUUUAAGUAAAUCUCAAAAGAAUAAAAUAAAUAAUAAAUUAUCAAAAAAUCAUUCAAUGUUAAAUAAUACUGAACAUAAGCCAAAUCUCGAUAAUCAUCACCAUCAGCAACAACAACAACAUCAGCAGCAGAUUGUAUCUCCUGAAGGUUCUUGUAAACCAGAAGAAAUUGCCCCAAAAUUAAGCGGCAGUAAAUUGUCAUCACCAUCAUUACCAGUGAAUUCAACUGAUGAACUCAAUCCAAAUCGUUUGGAUAUACGAGUUGGCUUAAUCUUAUCAGUUAAAAUACAUCCAAAUGCUGAUAGUUUAUUUAUUGAAGAAGUGGAUUUCGGUUCAAGUAUUGGUAAACGUACAGUGAUUAGUGGAUUGGUUGGUCUUUAUCCUAUGGAAAAAUUACUCAAUUGUUAUGGUAUAUUUGUGAUUAAUUUAAAACCGGUGAAAAUUCGUGGAAUUGAAUCUCAGGCUAUGUUACUUUGUGCUUCAUAUACUGAGAAGAGUUCAUCACUUUUAAAAGUACAACCAAUUCAUUUAUCAAAUAAACAAAAUCCUAUAUUAGGUGAACGUUUUGUCUUUCAUUCUGUAGUUGAUAAUUCGAAAUCAUCAUCAUCAUUAUCAUUAUCAUUUAGAGAACCAGAUAAAUUAUUAUCAUCUAAAACAAAAUUAUGGGAACAAUUAUGUCCAGAUUUAUCAACAUCUAUUAAUCAAUAUAUUCAAUGGCGUGAUUGGAGAUUAGGUUCAAUAUGUGGUAAUAAAUGGAUUAUUGUAUCAGAUGAUGUUCCACCUGGUUCAACUGUACGUUAAAUGUUAACAAUGAAUAGAAAGAAUAAAUAAUGAAUACAAUUAGAAGUUAUUUUAUGCUUGUGUUUAUUUCACAUUUUGUAUCAUUUUCAACUACAUACAAAUAAAAAUUAUUUUCUUUGGAUUGGAAAAAAUGUUCUCUCAAUUUUCUACUAAAGUUAUUACUGAACUCGUCUUGAUGAAGAUGUUUCUCAAUAGUUUGAAAAUAAUACACUAAUAUGGAGAGAGAGUCAUUCAAGUAGUCAGUUUGGAGGAAGGGGCGUUAACGCGUAGUACACAAUGUAUCAGUAUCAGAUUUCUGAUACCACACGUCACAACAUGCACUUUGUUUACCAUGUUUAGAUUAUAGGUAUAAACAUGUGUUAGUGGGACAUAGAUUGGAUCAAAGUAUUUUCCAUGCACGAUUGUGUUGGUGCACACUGAUUGGCUAAUUCUUAACCAAUCAGCACUAUUUGAUA